AUGAAGUACCUAAUAAAGUUCGUUAGGAUCUCUCUAUCCAAUGCUUCAAAGCCAACGGCAUGUCGUUUUCUCUCCUCCUCACCAGACAGUCCACGUCAUCACCGGCGUCCUAAAUGGACCCCGCCGCUACCUGAAAAACUUCCCUCUCCAACUGCAAACCCUAACUAUUCACAUAGCGACUUCUCUACUCUCUGUAACCUACUCAGUGACCCGAACCUUAAACCCCUGGAAACCGCCUUGGACCAAACCGGAAUAAAACCGGAAACGAGUCUGUUAAAUGCGGUGUUUGAUCAUUUUAAUUCCUCUCCUAAAUUGCUACACUCUCUGUUUGUUUGGGCUGAUAAACAACCUGAGUUUGAAUCCUCUACAACGUUGUUUAAUUCAGUGAUAAAUGCACUUGGUAAAAUGAAGGAAUUUGAUUCUGCUUGGUGUCUAGUUCUUGAUCGGACCGGUUUGGUUUCGAGUGACACGUUUGCAAUUCUGAUCAGAAGGUACACUCGCGCAGGAAUGCCCCAAUCUGCUAUCAGGACAUUUGAAUAUGCAAUUAGCUUAGAUUUUAUAUGUGAUUAUAAUUGCGAUGCCUUGUUGGAAAUUUUAUUAGAUUCACUUUGUAAAGAAGGGCAUGUUAGGGUUGCUAAAGAAUAUUUUGAUAGUAGAAAGCAAUUGGAUUCUUGUUGGAUUCCGCAUGUUCGAAUAUAUAAUAUACUGUUAAAUGGGUGGUUUCGUUCAAGAAAGCUCAAACACGCUGAGAGACUUUGGUUGGAAAUGAAAAAGAACAAUGUGAGCCCAAGUGUUGUGACUUAUGGUACUUUGGUUGAAGGGUACUGCCGAAUGCGUCGGGUUGAAAGGGCGAUCGAGUUAGUGGAUGUUAUGAGAAAGGAAGGAAUAGAACCGAAUGCAUUAGUGUAUAAUCCGAUUAUUGAUGCAUUGGCUGAAGAAGGUAGGUUUAAGGAGGUAUCUGGGAUGAUGGAGUACUUUUUGCAAUCUGAAUCAGGUCCCACUAUUUCUACUUAUAAUUCUUUGGUAAAGGGGUAUUGUAAGGCUAAAGAUCCUGUGGGUGCUAGUAAGGUACUUAAAAUGAUGAUUAGUAGAGGUUUUGUCCCAACCCCUACAACGUAUAAUUAUUUCUUUAGGCAUUUCUCAAAAUUUGGAAUGAUUGAGGAGGGAAUGAACCUUUACACCAAGAUGAUUGAAUCUGGAUACACCCCAGAUAGGCUUACAUUCCAUCUUUUGUUGAAGAUGUUGUGUGAGGAGGAGAGAUUGGACUUGGCUGUUCAGAUUAGUAAAGAAAUGAGAUCAAGGGGAUGUGAUAUGGACUUGGCUACCAGCACCAUGUUGAUUCAUCUGUUUUGCAGAAUGCAUAGAUUUGAAGAGGCAUUUAUGGAGUUUGAAGACAUGAUACAGAAGGGUAUAGUUCCUCAAUAUCUUACUUUCCAGAGAUUGAAUGAUGAGUUAAGGAAACGGGGAAUGGUAGAGAGGGCACGAAAAUUAAGUGAUAUGAUGUCUUCUGUCCCUCAUUCAACAAACCUGCCCAAUACAUAUAGUGUAGAAGGAGAUGCAUUACGACGCGCAAGGAGAUCAUCUAUAUUGCAGAAAGCUGAAGCAAUGUCUAAAAUACUGAAAACUUGUAAUGAUCCAAGAGAACUUGUUAAGCUUAAAAGUUCAUCACAAAAUCCCAUUACAAGUGCAAUUCAGUUGAUUGAGAAUAUCAGAAAGAGAGUCAACAAGAUAUGAAGUUACAAAUCGUUAGGUAACUCUUUAAAGGCAUGUGAAUUAAAGGUGUUCAGUGACAAGAUUGUCCAGUUAUUCACAUAUCAGAGCAUAGCCACAAUGCAAAUAUACUCUUAUUCCUUCAAUCAUACUGGCCCUUCACUAAUUAGUUCAUCACACUUGCCAUUUUUGCUCCCCAUAGGACCGUUACCUAUUUUUGAGCUUGAUGGACAAAGGUCUUGCGCCAUAACACUGUUCACCAUCACAGGUCCAUUUCCCGCCUUAUAAAUGCCAGGUUUUGUUGCGAUCAGAGAAAUACAAGAAGACCCAUACAAACUUAUCUGAAGCUAGAGGUAUUGUCCCGUGCUUAUACCGCAUAAAAUUUCUAUAAAUUGUUUUCAAAACAGUAAGGGACCUACUCUCUUGAUUAUGCUUUGGAAAAAAAAAAGAAGAAAAUUCUCAUUGAUUACAGUUUAAAACUGCCACCAGCAAACUACCACUUGUAGUAGUGAAUCCAGUUUAUAGUCAACUAUGCGGGCAUUGAUGGAACCAACACUAUAUAUUAAAUUCUGAUGUAGACUUCCAACUGCUGAAAUUAAUUUCAACCAACAUUCUCUCUCAUUUGAACGUUUUGGAGUUCGGUUAUGCAUUGUUUUAUAUUUUGACAGCGAAUUAUAAAUAUGUAUUUUUCAUUUAAGGAUUUGGUUUUGGUUUACAGUGGGAGUAUACAUUUAGAAUAUGUAAAAGAAAUUUUGUUUUAAGGGAAGGAAGAACUUGUUCAAUCUUUGCAAUUCGCAAGUUUGAACGACCCUAUUUUUCUA